AUGACCAUGUCAAAACCUGUUCCGACGCCUGCAACGCUCGGUUUCGAUGCUGCGCAGUAUGAGGAGGAUUCGGUGCAUGGCGUGUACGAAGCGAUUGCGCCACAUUUCUCACGGACACGGUACAAGCCGUGGCCUUUAAUCAACACGUUCCUUGCGUCUCUCCCUCCCGGCUCGUUCGGUCUCGACACAGGCGCAGGGAAUGGCAAGUAUCUUCCCUCCAUCUCGGCGGCGGGAUGCACAGCCCUAGCCCUCGACAGGUCGCAGGGCCUGUUGAGCAUCGCAGCCACCAUGGGAGGGGUGGGGUGCGUACGCGCCGACAUUUGCCAUGUUCCCUUCCGCGCAGGCUUGUUCGACUUUGCCAUUAGCGUGGCGGCCAUCCACCACCUCUCGACUCCCGAGCGGCGGGAACGCGCAGUCCAGGCGCUGUUGCGUUCUCUGCGGGCCGCCGAAGAGCCGGCACGCUUCUUCAUCUACGUCUGGGCCUGGGAGCAGGGACCCGAGAGCCGACGGAAGAUGGGAUCGAGGGCCGGUGGGGAGGUCGUACAGGACGUGAUGGUGCCGUGGGUCGUCAAGCCUGGUCCGGGCAAGACGAAGCGGGCCAAGGGGAGGAGAGGGGUCGAGGCUGCGGAAGACAAGUCCCCGGACCAGCCUGAAGAACCUCAAGAGCCAGAGGACAAGGUGUAUCACCGCUACUAUCACUUGUUCGUCGAGGGCGAACUGCGCGCCCUCGUCCAAGCUGCAGGCCGGAGCGAGGGGUUCGCUUUAGGAGAUGAGGCGGGUAAGUACCUCCGCGUCGUGAGUGAGGGUUGGGAGGCAGAUAACUGGUGGAUUGAGGGCGAGGUCGGCUUGAGGUAG